AUGAGUACAGCGACUGCACUUCAACAGCAACAAAAAGACCCGCGAACUGGUCACAUUGGUAAUUUAACACCUGAUCAAGAAGAACUUUUGAGAAAGUUUUGGGCAAAACUACUAGAAGUACUUGAUAGAGAAACACCUUCAGUUUCCAAUGAAGUAGAAAGCAAUGGUGAAGUGCAGAACAAUGAAUCUACCGACUCUUUACCCAAGAAACAAACGAGGGUUGGUUCUUUUUUACGUGGUGGCAAUGCUAAUAAGAAACCCUCGAACUCGGAGGGUGAAAAACCGACAAAAGUCAAGAAAUCAAAGGAGGAUGACAAAUAUAAUGAAUCAGAGGAACUUACUGCCGCAUUAGAAUUAUUCGCUCCACAACAGUUACGGAGCGAAUCGUGGAGACUUAAUGCUGCUGAUGAUCCAGAUUUAAUUUUACUUCGAUUUCUUCGUGCGCGUAAAUGGGACGUGAAUAAAGCAUUAGCAAUGUUAAUGUCGACGUUGAAGUGGAGUCUUCAGACAGAUGUGAGAGGUAUCGUGAAGGGUGGUGAAUCUGGACUAGAACAGUAUUUUGCCGAGAAAAAUUCACCCGGAUUUCGUAUUCAAUUGGAAAGCGGGAAGAGUUUCUGUCGAGGUUUUGAUAAAGAGGGAAGACCUAUUACUUAUAUAAAUGUGCGACGUCACAAAAAGGAUGAACAGAAUCUGGAAGUGUUGCAACGCUUUACCAUCUGGGUGAUGGAAACAUGUCGAUUAAUGAUUAUUCCACCUGUCGAGACUGCAUGUAUUGUUUUCAACAUGACAGAUUUCAAUCUGGCGAAUAUGGAUCUUCAAUAUAUGAAAUUUAUGAUUCAAUGCUUUGAAGCAUACUACCCCGAAAGUCUUGGAAUUUGCAUUGUGCACAAGGCACCAUGGGUAUUUCAAGGAGUCUGGAAAGUGAUAUCACCAUUAUUAGACCCGGUUGUCGCCUCAAAAAUACGAUUCACCAGCCAGGACAAAGACUUGUUAGAAUAUAUUCCGGCAAAUCAUCUAAUCUCAAGUCUUGGCGGUGAAGACGCAUGGGAAUACACUUAUAUUCCACCGCGCGAGGGAGAAAAUGAUCGUAUGAAAGAUGAAAAAACGAAACAAGAGAAAAUACGCAUUCGUCAAGAAUUAGAGGUUAAAUUUGAGGAAUUAACAAAGAAUUGGAUCGCUGACUCUUCAAAUGAACAAAUAAAGAAGGAACGAAAUGAAUUAAAAGGAAAACUUCGGCAAGCCCAGUGGGAGUUGGAUCCUUAUAUUCGUGCUCGUACUUAUUAUCAUCGAAUUGGUGUAUUGCGUGAGGAUGGAUCUUGUAUUUGGGAAUAA